AUGGACGUCGUGCUUCACCUCGCCGACGACUACCUUCUCGACCGCCUCUGGGCGAUGGCAUGGCCUGCUCCACGAGGCAUGGGCGUCGCAAAGGCUGCCAGCCCGUCACAGGCCGUCAUUGCCAAUGUCUCGUCGCACCUUGGUAGCGCUUGGGGCAAGGAGCCCUCGCAGUGGACAGGCCAUGCGGGCAAGGCCGUCAGUGCUCUGCCGCGAGACAACAUCAUCAGACAAGCCUUGUCGCUCUCGCUCAUCACUUACGUCGGCAUCUUCAUCCUCUACUUUGGCUUCGCAGGGUUGUCCUACUACUUCUUCUUCAACCACGAUAUGAAGCGCCACCCUCGAUUCCUCCCAAAUCAGGUACGGCUCGAGAUCGACUGCUCGCUGCGGGCUUUUGGUCCCCUCACUCUGAUGACCCUGCCGUGGUUCGUCGGAGAGGUCCGCGGUUACUCGAUGCUCUACACUAAGGUCUCCGACUUUGGUCUGGCGUACACGAUCUUCUCGGUGCCCUUCUUCCUCGUCUUCACCGACGCCUGCAUCUACUGGGUACACAGGCUGGAGCAUCACCCCAAGGUGUACAAGCAUAUCCACAAGCCUCACCACAAGUGGCUGGUGCCCACGCCGUUCGCCUCGCACGCCUUCCACCCUCUGGACGGUUACUUCCAGUCACUGCCUUAUCACAUCUUCGUCUUCCUCUUCCCGCUGCACCGCUUCGUGUACAUGGGUCUCUUCGUCUUCGUCAACUGCUGGUCCAUUCUCAUCCAUGACAGUGACGUGAUCGUCAACUCGCCGUUGGAGAAGGUCAUCAACGGCCCGUCGCACCACACGCUGCACCACUUGUACUUUAACGUCAACUACGGCCAGUACUUUACCGGCUGUGACAGACUUGGUGGCUCUUACAGGCAGCCGAGGUCAUCCGACGACCCCCUCCUCGACGUUACGGGCAAGGGUGAGCCGAAACCCCUUCCAAAGGCGCAGAAGAGCGAGUAG